CCUGUUAUGUUCAUUAAGUGACUUAUAGUUGAAAUAUAAGCAACUAUAAAAUGAACAGAAAUACAUUAAAAUUUGUAGUGCCCCUGUCUUUUUUAAUUUUGAUCCUAUGUGGUGUUUUAAUAUUAAACGUUGUUUUUACGAGGGAACUCGAUCAAAAUGAACACUUUGAAAACGUUCCCACGUCUAAAGUAUUCGAUGCGUAUUUAAAGAAAUUUAACAAGAGUUACACCGAAGCAGAAUACAAAAUACGAUUGAAAUAUUUCAGGGCAGCUUUGGUGGAUAUCGCGAAAAAGAAUCGAGAAACGGGAGCCGUUUAUGGUCUAUCUGUAUUAUCGGAUCGAUCUCAGGCGGAAAUACGUCGACGGUUCAUUACUCGAUCUCGUAUAGCGCCGCGCUUAAAAAACACGUAUAGCAAUUGCAGCGGUAAAAUUUACCAGAAUUUAGCCACUGACAAUUUAUUUUCGGAAGACCUACCGGACUAUAAGGAUUGGCGAGAAGAGGGAAUGAUCGGACCUGUUUUGAAUCAAGGAAAUUGCAAUGGCUGUUGGGCAUACAGCAUAGUUGAAACCAUGGAGUCUAUGGCUGUAAAACAGAAAAUGAAUUACACACGUCUUAGCAUACAGGAAUUACUAGACUGCGUUAGUGUCUGUGAGGGCUGUAAUAAAGGCCACGUCGAGGAGGCUCUGAAUGAAAUGUGUAUUAAUGAUACCGUGGUUACCACAGAAGAUAACUAUCCUCUUGGGAUAAGUCGUGGAAAUUGCAAUUCCAGUACAUUUAAGGGCAGAAAGAUAAAGGAGUACUGGCAUUACAGUUUUAUGGAUGAAAAUAUUUUACGUCGUGUGAUAGCUCACCAUGGACCCGUCAUAGUCAAGGUGAACGCUCAGCCCUGGAUAAAUUAUCUUGGAGGCAUCAUCCAGCGCGGUUGUAUGCGCAGUGAAGACGGAGCCACUUUGGAUCACGCCGUUCAAAUAGUCGGCUACAACGCGCGGGGCAGUGUACCCUACUAUAUAGUGCGCAAUUCUUACGGUGCCGACUUCGGUAUCGGGGGCUACGUAAAACUCGCCAUGUACCGCAACAUUUGCGGUCUAGCUGAUGAUGUGACAUUUUUGACAGUUUAUUAAAACGUGUCAAAGUUAAAUUAUAACCUUCACGAAAUUAAGAUAACUAGUUUAAUUUAGUUAGUAUUAUAAUUAGAAGUUUUAAUUGGGAAAUCUG